CACUUAGUAAUAUUAGCAUGGUAAAUGCAAAAAUACAGUGAACGCCUGAAUAGUUUUCUCUCGUAGAUUACACGCUUUCGUGCCAAAGUUGGUUUGUAUGCCGAGGACGCCUUCGCGCCAGGUUGGAGAUAUUCCGUUAAAACAUCCUUUUCGUAUUCAAAUAAUUCAUUUGGGCGCGAAGAGUAAACGAUGGUUGAAUAGCAAACCAGGUUCAAGAUGAAACUGAACACAGGUUAUGACAAUCACGAUGCAACGACGAGUAGUCCAGUGACUUAUUAUGUAAUGGUUUAUAAUAUAUGAUUUAUUAUAAUGUGAUUUUCCAACCAGACUUCUUUUAAAAUUGUUGAAGCCCGGCAAUUGAAUUUCAUAUUACAAUUUGUUUGAAGAUAUUAAGUGGUUCAAGAUAGUUUAGUUGCAGUGAAAUAAUUCCUGUUCAGCUCGCCUUUGUUUUAAACGGUAUAUAAUGGAGACCAACACAAUGUUGCAGAAAUGCGAUAACAAUGAUGUCGAGGACCAGAAAAUGGAGAAAAUCAAUUGGAAAAACAAAUUCGAAUUUAUUUUCAAUAUUAUCGGAUAUAACGUGGGACUAGGGAAUAUAUGGAGAUUUUCCUACUUGUGCUUCAAAAAUGGCGGCGGCGCGUUUUUGAUACCAUAUCUUUUGUGUGGAUUCUUUUGCGGUCUACCGCUUCUAUUCAUGGAAGUCAGCAUUGGACAAUUUACGAGGCAAGGAUGCAUUGGCGUGUGGAACUUGGUUCCAUUGAUGAGGGGGAUCGGAUAUGGAUCCACUUUACUAUGUAUAUACACACUUGUAUAUUUCGUCUAUGCAAUGGCCUGGUGUAUUUAUUACACAGUACACUCCUUUACAUCGGAAGCUCUGCCGUGGGCUACAUGCGGUAAUUCAUGGAAUUCUGAUAACUGCAUAGCAUCGAUUAGGACUAACCGCAGUUUGAAAGAAAUGGUAGAAAAUUCGUCAAUAUCGAAUUACAAUAUUUCGCUGGAGAACUCACACUUAUCAACUUCGGAAUUUUGGGAUAAUCAUGUGCUACAGCGUAGCAGUGGAGUUCAUGAUAUGGGUGGAUUUUCAAAUUGGAAAAUGUUGGGAUGUUUUGUGUCAGCAUGGCUCAUGUGCUACUUAUGCAUUGCAAAGGGCAUACGAACUUCUGGGAAAGCUGCUUAUGUAACAGUGAUUGUGCCAUAUGUUCUUAUGUUUGGGUUAUUUAUCCGAGGAAUAACAUUGGAGGGUGCAGGAUCAGGGGUUAUGUUUUUCAUCACGCCAAACAUGACUAGGCUGAUUGAUCCGGAGACUUGGUUGGAUGCUGGUGGUCAAGUUUUAUAUUCCCUCGGUGUUUGUUACGGAGUAUUGUAUGGAUUUGGAAGUUACAAUAAAUUUAACUACGACUGUUACAGAAGCUCAUAUCUGUUUGUCGGAGUGUGCUAUGGAAGUUCUCUGUUCUUUGGAUUUGUUGUGUUUAGCUUCUUGGGACACAUGGCACAUGAGCAAGGAAAGGAUAUUAGGAAUGUUGUGGAAGGAGGACCUGGACUCGUUUUUCAAGUUUUCCCUGCUGAAUUUGCAUUGUUGCCAGCAUCUCAACUCUGGUCCGCUUUAUUUUUUAUUACGCUGACAGGUCUUGCCAUCGACGGUUCGUAUGCUACAACCGAAGGAUGCAUCACUGCAAUUCAAGAUUACUAUCGGGAGUAUUUCGGGAGUCAAAGAAGAUUACAUUAUUUGAGGAUUGGAUUUUGCUUCGGUUUGAUGAUCUUGGGUCUCCCUCUUUUGUUAAAUGGCGGAAUUUAUAUUUUCGAAAUAUUGAAUUUAUAUGGAGCAAGUGGUAUUUGUAUCCUGUGGCUCGCAAUGUUUGAAACAAUCACUAUAGGUUGGAUAUACGGUGUCGACAGAUUUUAUGAUGAUGUCAAAAUGAUGAUUGGAUAUUAUCCACCUUCAUUCUUCAAGUACUGUAUCAAGUAUAUUUCUCCAACCAUAUGCGCAGUAAUUUUUGUGGCCUGUUGCGUGAAGUAUACUCCACUUAAAAUGGGAAAUUACAUUUAUCCAUGGUGGGCAAACAUGAUCGGAUGGUUUCUUUCGUUAUCUAUUGUUCUAUGUGUUCCUGUUUAUGGAAUGAUAACAAUGUUGCAAAUUAAGGGAACUUGGAAGCAGAAAUGGAGAUUUAGCAUCACGUCAUCAUAUAGGCCAGAAAUAAAAGACGAUGAGAAAGAUGCCAAUGAAAAAGAAUCUUUUUCAGUGAUUUGAAAAUGGCGGUUACCAUCUUUAAUGUGAUUCAGUAAUGUCUCGUUGAUUAAUAAACGUCAUCCUGUUCGGUACACUUUGAAAGCAUAUAACCACAUAGCUGGAAUAAGUUGAUAUAUUGGUUAUUAAAUUUAACAUGACGCCCAUUCCUGCGUAUUUAUUCAAAGUGUGAUUCGGUAGCGAUUUUUUACUUUUGGUCAAAAUAUUAAUAAAAAAUCGUACAUUGGUAUUUUCAAUACUAGGCUGCUGUCCUUUUAUGCGCAUGGUACCCAAUAAGGGCGUCGCGAAAUUGAUCAUCAAAUUGUAUAAGAUACUAGAUGCAAAAGUUCGAUUACUAGAUUUUCGAUUUUUUUGUUCCUACGAUCUCUCAAAAUACUUUCGAUAGAAAAGGAAUCUAUCCGAACACACUAUACCUAUCAGUGGCUGCUUUAUUGCGUCCUAGGUCAGAGCGAAGCAAUUACUUUACUACAACUAAACAUGUCCCCCUUACUUACAAAAUAUUCAACCACACUACUAUUUUAAUCCGACACAUCUGUCAUCUCGAAAAAUUAUAUAGAAAGUGAACAAACUAAUAGGUAUGGUUGAGACCUACUUGUUUUUCGGAAAAGCAAAAGAUGUAAACUCAAAAACAAGACGUUUAAUGUUAUAACACUAUUUGCGAUUAUUUUUGAUCAAAUAUUAUUUGUGAUUCUUCUUUCGCAUUUUUACCAUUUAACCAAGUAUAACAUCACGACUAAAAUGUUGUUUUUGUUGUAGUGUUGUAAUUAACUUGUAAAUGAAACAUUGUAAGUUGGUCGUUGGAUAUGCACAGAAGUUGGUAAAAGUAGAAUUCACAAGUGGCGGUCCGCGGGCCAAAACAUUUGGGAAACCCUGACCUAGUCUAAUUUAAGAUAAAUAACUCACGUCAUCAAAAAUCAGUUAAAUCCAUUUUCGGCACCUCUGUUUAUCCAUGGUAAAUUUUUAGCAGCCUGUAGCUUUUAGGUAAAUAUUUAUUUAAUAUUACUUUCUGAAGAAUCAGUCCUCGAAUUUCGAUCAGAUACCACGCUUCUCCGUUGUAGUAUAUAUAAUAAAUAUAUAUUAUUAUAUA